GUUCAAAAUGUUCGUCUUGUGCCGCGUCGCCGACGUGAUCCAAGUGGCGCCGGAGCUGUUCUCGUCCGACUACUCGAGCGUCCUCAUCGAAGAGAUCGACCGCAAGUACGCCAACAAAGUCGUUGCCGACGUCGGCCUGUGCAUCACCCACUACGACUUCAUUGAGAUUGGAGACGCGUACAUCCAUCCGUCCGAUGGGACAUCCCACACCGACGUGAUCUUCCGAAUGGUCGUGUUUCGUCCGUUUAUCGGGGAAAUUCUCAAGGGCAAAAUCAUCAGCUGCACGGAAGAGCAUAUCCGAGUGUCCAUGGACUUCAUGCAAGACAUCAUCAUCCCUUCCUACGCCAUGCAAAACCCGUCGUUCUUUGACAAGACGGAAAGGUUAUGGGAAUGGAAAUUUCCCGGUCGGGAAGGUAUUUACUGCUAUGCUGCUCUACCACCAAUACCAACUUUUGUAGACGACCAGGACCCGUACUAUAUGUACCUGAACGAAGAAAUCCGAUUCCGCGUGACCAAUAUCAACUUUACGCGAGUGCUCAAGACAGCCAAAGGCAUGCAAGCGGUCACGGAUGCGACCGACUCCAAACCCGACAAGCACGAGGCCCCGUCGCGGCGCCGGUCGUCUAGUGUCGACCUCUCCGACUCGGACCCCAAGCCUGCCGCGUUGCAGAUCAUUGGAACAAUCGACGAAGACGGCCUCGGGUUGUCCUCGUGGUGGGUCGAGACAUAAGAAGUGCCGUCUACUGUAUAUAUAUAUAUAUAUUAUAUAU